UUGCUUAGAGUUGCAAAAGAAGUAAUAUCAUUUUCGUAGCAUUUUCUUCGCUUGGUUAAUAAAUAAUGUGUAGCUAAAUAUCCACCAAUAAUCCAUCGCCCACACUGUACUGAGUCUGUACUUCCAUUUCCCUCUUGACUCGCUGUAAACCAAAUCAGAAAGAAAAAGAAGUCGUCUCUCUUAUACUUACUGUAACUAACUAACUAACCAACCGCCUCACUAAUAAAUAUAAAUCAAUGGCGGAAGAGAAGGAUGAAUCAACUUCAAUUCCACUCAGCCGUCCCGAAAAUGUCGCCGGAGAUCCCGAGGAUCCUGCUAAAUCUCCUCUUUCCUCCUCCUCUUCCUCCUCCAAUUCCUCCACGCGCGAGGCUUGCUGUUUCUUUCUCCAAAGUUGGGUGUCCAAGAAGUUUAUGACUGGCUGUGUUGUACUUUUCCCUAUUGCUGUGACAUUCUUUAUUACAUGGUGGCUUAUUCAGUUCUUUGAUGGUUUCUUUAGUCCAAUUUAUGAACGACUUGGCAUUGACGUAUUCGGACUUGGAUUUGUGACAUCUCUGGUAUUUGUGUUCUUUGUUGGCGUUUUUGUUUCCUCAUGGAUUGGCUCCUCAGUUUUCUGGCUAGGGGAAUGGUUCAUUAAGCGAAUGCCGUUUGUCAAACAUCUAUAUUCAGCUUCCAAACAAAUUAGUGCUGCAAUUUCUCCAGAUCAGAAUACCACAGCCUUCAAAGAGGUUGCAAUUAUUCGUCAUCCUCGUGUUGGGGAAUAUGCAUUUGGUUUUAUAACAUCAACUGUCAUCCUUCAGAAAGAGAAUGAAGAUGAAGAGUUGUGUAGUGUUUUUGUCCCAACGAACCAUCUUUACAUUGGUGAUAUUUUCCUUCUGAACUCCAAGGACAUCAUAAGACCAAAUCUUUCAAUCCGAGAAGGCAUAGAGAUUAUUGUGUCCGGAGGGAUGACAAUGCCACAAGUAAUAACGCCUCUGGAGCGGGUUGCUCGACAAAACGAAAGAAUUCCUUUGAACAGGAUUGUAUAAUGGCAUAGAAUAAGUAACUCCUUGGUUUCUCGACAGUCCCACCGGUAAUAUGGAAGUGAAACAUUGGACACGAGCCUCACAGAUUGAUCGAUAGGCUGUAUAGCAGAGAGGCUGAUAAAACAUGAAAGCUUUACAACUCACCUGGAAUUAUUAUUGUAUACGUAGGUAGUUGGAGCAUGAAGUAUCAAGUUGUAUGUGGGUAAACAGACAUUUGUUGUACCUCUUGAAUCUCGAUUAUUGUAUGAUGUACAUUCUCACCCUCAUCAAAGUUCUUAUUCAUGAAUGCUUCUGGUAGUUUUCUAAACUCUAUUAUUAACAGGUGUAUCAAUCUUAUCAAAUUUUGUUC